AUGUCGGAAAUAGACCCUCAGGUCAGCAAGGCUUUGGGAAACCUCAGAAAUGCCAAUGAGGCCGAUUCUUGGGUUCUGAUGAGUUAUGUCAAAGAUGCAAGAUCUUUAUUUUUCGCCGCAUCCGGGCAGGGAGAUAUCAACGAAAUCACUGAAUACCUUGAUCAAUCCAAGGUUCAGUUUGCAUUGAUUCGCCGAAGAAAUGACGAGGGAGCAACCAAAGAUAUUUUUGUGUCAUUUGUGGGCCCUGAUGUUGGUUUUACUCAGCGGAGGCAUGUUUCGGAGUGCCGUACUGAAGCAAAUUCGAUUUUGGGACCUGUCGACGCCCAUUGCAAUAUUAAUCCCAACGAUAAUCUUGGGAAGAAGCUUUCUCAAUUUUAA